AUGGGAGCUGUGCUCCCAAGCGCUGGCACGGCACCUUCUCCCAUCGCUCCCGGACCGCCGUCUGCCCCUGGUCUCCGUCACCUCCAGGCCGGGGCACGGCCGGGGAGGGACGAUCGUGCCCUACAGCAGCUGAUGAAGCUUCUAGACUCGCAGGCCGGACCGCAGCCUCCAAAAACCGGCGGAAAUCUCAUUAGCAGCGCUCAGUUUCUGCACACCGCGCUCGGCGCGGCCGCCCUCCCGCAGUCCCUGGGGACGCUGCCCGGCUGUCCCAGCACGCUGCUCCCCCUGCCCCCAUCCCGCACCGCCCCCAUCCCGCACCGCCCGGGGCCCCCAUCCCGCACCGCCGGGGCCGCCGCGCCGGGACCGCCCGGCCCGGAGCGCCACGGGAGCGGCCGCGGCAACAGGUGGGGCCGGCGGAACCGCACCGGCACCGCACCGGCACCGAACCUGAAGCCCGAGAGAAGCAGAGCCGCCCUGGCCAAGCCGUCGCACGAGCCCAGCCUGUCACCGCUUCGCCAGGGCACAUCACACACGAGCCAUGUGUUGCAGGAAAUAAGGCCGUGUCACAUCCCCUCCACCCACAGCUUCCCCUCGGCCACGGGAGAGGCCUUGCAGGAGCGCCCAGGGGCCGUCCUGCCGCCCGGGAGCUGCUGCCACGCCCGGGGAGCUGCCAGCGGCCAUGCUGAGCUGGCUGCCUGCAAGAUGACCCUCAGCACCGCGCCAGCCACCAGCACGGCCCAGGCUUUCUUCUGCCUCCUGCUCUGCAUCCCCUGGGGCAGCUCCUGCCCCCCCAGCUGCCAGUGCACGGAGCGGGCAGGGGCCAAGGCUGUGCUCUGCAGCUCCCGGCACCUGGAGGAGAUCCCCAAGGACAUCCCCAGAGACGUGGUGUUCCUCAAGCUGGAUGCCAACAGCAUAACCAGGAUCCCCAGCAACGCCUUCAGGCACCUCUCUCACCUGGAGGAAAUCGACCUCUCCAGGAACGCCAUCGAGAAGAUCGACAGGGCGGCUUUCAGAGGGGUGGCAGCCGGGCUGCGGAGCCUCGACCUCUCCGGCAACCGCAUCCGCAGCAUUCCCAAGGAGGCGCUGCUGGCUCUCAAGGCCAAGCUGCGGCUGGCCAACAACCCCUGGCACUGCGAGUGCGCCUUGCAGGAGGUGCUCUGGGAGGCACGGCUGGACCUCGACUCCGUCCGGGACAUCACCUGCCACACGGCCCCGCGGCAGGAGUACGUGGGCAAGCCGCUGCUCCAGGUGCUGGACGCGGGCGCCAACUUCUGCAGCGUGCGCCAGAGGACCACGGACGUGGCCAUGUUCGUCACCAUGUUCGGCUGGUUCGCCAUGGUCGUCGUCUACGUCGUCUGCUACGUGCGGCACAACCGCGAGGACUCCUGCGGGCACCGGGACCGGCCGGGGCCGCUGCCGAGCGCCCAGGCCCACGCAGGGACCAGCAGCACCGCCCUGUAGGGCAGGGCUGGGUGUCAGCCACGGGCUUCAUUCUUCUCGGCGGGAUUUUCCAGUGCUUUCUUCAGAGCCCUGCCACCCAUCCUCCCUCCCCAGCGACGCUGGACUGAGCGUGAGCAAACGACAUGGGGAGGGAUGCCAGGGACACUGUGCGUGGGCCUGCCCAUGGUGACCAGGUUCUGGGGACAAAGCCCCAGCAGACCCUUUUUCCCUGCCAGAGCUGGGCCCGCAGGGAAUGCAGCCCCAGGCACACGCUUGUGCUUGGGAGAGAUGGGUUGUGGGGCCAGGAGGUCCCUGGGGUGCAGAGGGUCACUGCAGAGGGGUCAGCCCAUCCUGGCUCCAGUGAGGCAUCAGCCUUGCCAAGGGCAGGACAUCCUCCCCAGGGCCCUCAGUACCAGGAGAACUCCAAACCUCUGUUUCCUCAAUAAAGCCCUGCACUUAGGAAAAGCCCUCAGGGUUUGUGCUGUGCUGGGAGCUGAGUGUCCAGGGAGGGUGGUAGCGCUUGUGGUGCUUGGGGGGGUUAUCCUAAUUCAAUCUCUCCCAAAGCAGGCCAGCCUAAAUUCAAUGUACCAGCGCAACUCCCAUUAGGUGCCGUCCCCUCCCACCCUCAGCUGAAUCUCGAGCAGGGACCAGCUGCCCAAAUACAUCUGGUCUUGCCUUAUCUUGCCCUUCUCAGGGCUGAAUUAGAGUUGUUGUUCACAGCUCAGUGAUGGAAGUAAAUCAA